AUGGUUAGCGAUUUCUUCUUCCCUCAACCAGGGGGAGUUGAAAGUCACAUCUACCAGCUGUCGACCAAACUCAUCGAUCGCGGGCAUAAAGUCAUCAUCAUCACCCAUGCGUACAAAGGACGGACCGGAGUUCGAUAUCUCACCAAUGGCCUCAAAGUCUACCACGUUCCAUUCUUUGUCAUAUACCGCGAAUCGGCGAUGCCCACGGUGUUCUCCUUUUUCCCUAUAUUCCGGAAUAUCGUCAUUCGCGAACAGAUUCAGAUUGUUCAUGGGCACGCUAGUCUGAGCUGCUUCUGUCAUGAAGCUAUUCUACAUGCGCGGACCAUGGCGUUGCGAACAGUGUUUACAGACCAUUCUCUGUUUGGAUUUGCCGAUGCGGGAUCGAUCCUUACGAACAAGCUCCUUAAGUUUACUUUGAGUGAUGUUGACCAUGUAAUAUGCGUCAGUCACACAUGCAAGGAAAACACCGUACUCCGAGCCUCCCUAGACCCCCUCAUGGUUUCCGUAAUACCAAACGCAGUGGUUGCAGAGAACUUCUGUCCGUUAGCAUACGCACCUCGCCUAAACGAUCGAGAGCACGGGCCAUUAUCAGAGUUACGACCGCAGCCGAAACCAAUUGGACCAAACGAUACCAUCACGAUCGUGGUGAUUUCGCGUCUUUUCUACAACAAAGGAACAGACCUCCUGAUCGCCGCUAUCCCGCGUAUUCUUGCUUCCCAUCCAAAUGUGCGCUUUAUCAUUGCAGGAUCGGGGCCCAAGGCAAUCGACCUGGAACAAAUGCUGGAAAGGAAUGUACUUCAGGAUAAAGUGGAAAUGCUGGGCUCCGUACGACACGAGGAAGUUCGCGAUGUCAUGGUCCGUGGUCACAUAUACCUCCAUCCCAGCUUAACGGAAGCUUUUGGUACUGUGAUUGUGGAGGCGGCUAGCUGUGGAUUAUACGUGGUGUGUACGCGUGUCGGUGGUAUUCCCGAAGUGCUUCCCCAGCACAUGACGACCUUUGCGAAGCCAGAAGAGGACGAUUUGGUUAUGGCGACUGGAAAGGCGAUCGGGGCAUUGCGCUCCAAUAAGGUACGCACGGAUCGAUUCCACGACCAAGUGAAAAUGAUGUACUCCUGGACCGACGUCGCACGGCGGACGGAGCGAGUCUAUGGAGGCAUCUGCGGGGACAUCAGUCCAGAAGAGUUUUACGGCUACUAUCCCGGGCAAGGCUGGGAAGCUAGUGGGGAUAGAGUACGAAGUUUUGCCUUGAUCGAUCGACUUAAGCGAUAUUAUGGCUGUGGAGUAUGGGCAGGCAAGCUAUUCUGUCUGUGCGUUGUCAUCGAUUUUCUUCUUUACGUCUUCCUUGAAAUGUGGUUUCCGCGGGCGAAUAUCGACAUUGCUCGCAGUUGGCCAAAGAAGCUGAACCAGCAAGAAGAGAAACUUAAGGCUCGGACCAAUCGUGAUCCUGAAACCACUUCUUGA